CGCCUAUUCUGGAGGUUCGUCGCUUUCUGUCAAGGGACCCAUCCCCUCCCACCACCACCACCACCACCUUGACCCACGACCGCUUGACACCAGACACGAGUUCUCGCCUUUGCUAACCUCGGGCUUGCGUAGGUUUGGAUACAUCGACAACGCUUGUAUGGCUUUUGGAGCAGGGCUAUGCCGUUGUCGCCUUCUUGGCCGACGUCGGCCAGGAAGAAGACUUCGAUGAGGUCCGGAAGAAGGCCCUAGCUCUCGGCGCCGAAGCCAUGGUGAUUGAGAACCUCCAGCAGGCCUUUGUCGAGGAGAUUGUCCACCGUGCUAUCCAGUGCAAUGCCAUCUACGAGGACCGCUACCUCCUGGGCACCUCGCUUGCCCGCCCCAUCAUCGCCCGCGCCCAGGUCCUGGCCGCCGAGAAGUACAACUGCGAGUAUGUCAGCCACGGCUGCACCGGCAAGGGCAACGACCAGGUCCGCUUCGAGCUGGCAUAUGCCGCCUGCAACCCGGCCCUCAAAGUCAUUGCCCCGUGGCGCAUGCCCGAGUUCAUCACCAAGUUCCAGGGCCGCCAGGAUCUCCUCAAGUAUGCCGCCGAGAAAAACAUCCCCGUCUCUUCCACGCCCAAGGCCCCCUGGAGCAUGGACGACAAUCUCGUCCACUGUUCGUACGAGGCCGGCAUUCUCGAGGACCCCGACCACUCUCCUCCCAAGGAGCUCUGGACCCGCACCGUUGACCCGCUCGACGCCCCCGACAAGGUGUACCAGUUCUCCGUCCACUUCGAGCACGGCAUUCCCGUCAAGGUCGUCACCGAGGACAAGCAGGAGGUUACGGAGAGCGUUGAGCUCUUCAAGCUCCUCAACAAGAUUGGACACGACAAUGGCGUCGGCCGUGUCGAUAUCGUCGAGAACCGCUUCAUCGGCCUCAAGAGCCGUGGCUGCUACGAUACCCCUGGCUUGACCAUCGCGAGACUUGCCCACAUUGAUAUUGAGGGUCUUGUUAUGGACUCGAAAGUCCGCGAGCUUCGCGACCAGUUUGUUACGCAGGCGUGGAGCCGUCAGCUCUACAAUGGAAUGUACUUCUCUCCUGAGAGGGAAUUCGUCGAGGUUGCGCUGGUCGCGUCCCAGAAGAACGUAACCGGCGUCGUGAGGAUGGGUGUUUACCGUGGCAGUGCCUUUGUGCUCGGCCGCUCCAGCGACGCCAGCAACCUCUACAGCCAAGAGGAUGCCUCUAUGGACUCCCUCGAGGGCUUCUCGCCCGAGGACACGACUGGCUUCAUUGCCAUUCAAGCCAUCCGCCUGAAGAAGUAUGGCCUGAUGAAGAGGCAGCUGGGACAGCCCCUCAGCGAGUCCUAAACUUUUCAGCGACGCCUUAUGUGUAGUGCGACCAGAGUGCGGCAGGAUAUGUAGUAUCUCGAGGAUAAUGGGCAACUGGACACGCGGAAUCGGAAAAUUUCUAUAUCAAAAUACCAAGACUUGCUACAGACUGUCGGUGAACUGUGCAGCUUCCUUUCAGGAACCACACGUAAGAUUAUGAUGGUGUUUAUGUAGGUCACACGACUGAGAUAGCCUUCUCAUGAAGAUUCACGUUGUUCAACGUAGAUUCACUAUGUUACAUGGCCGCUGAUAGUCUCUAAAUGAAACCUCUACAAAGCUUUGCAAAUCCA